UUGCUUCUCCAACUUCCAUCCCCACUACCAAAAACACAACACACUUGUAACCCCAUGGCGGCACCACCACCACCACCACCACCCAACAGCCGAUCCCCUAUGCGUGUUCUAAUCCGACCACCAUCUUCCUCCACUCACCACCACCACCAACCACCACCGUCUCUGCCACCACUCCCACCACCACCACCACCACCACAACCAACCCAAACCCACCAAAACGGCGUCGUUGUGGUGGGCUUCAUCGGCCGACAAAAAGCCCAUGUGGGUCAAUUAAUAAACAGGGUCAUAGAUACAAAUGUGUUCGGUUCAGGGGAUGCUGACGUGGCAUUUGUGAUUAAUGAUGAGAUUAAAGAUUGGUUUAAUGAAAGGGAAAUUAGUUAUUAUUAUGAUGAGUUAAAAGGGGUUUUGUAUUUGGGGUUUUGUGAAAUUCCUAAUGAUAAUUAUGAUGAUGGGGUUUUGGAAUUUGGAAGUGGGUUCGAUUCGGUUUUCGAAAAACGAGACUUUGGUUAUCUUCAAGGAAUGUUUUUUAUGUUUUCUGUUUGCCACGUGGUCAUUUUUAUGCAGGAGGGUUCACACUUCGAUAUCCAAAUUUUGAAAAAAUUUAGAGUCUUACAAGGUGCUAAAAAUGCAAUGUUUCCAUUUAUUAAAACACAAACACUGCAUCCAACAACAUCAAGAUCACACACAUCACCUUCUUCACGAAAUUCAUCAGGACUAAAAAACCGUUCUCCUGGUAAAAAUGGCCCACCCACUAGUCGCAAUAAUUCGUCAGCUACAUCAAUGUCAGGUUUUAGUUCAAAUCCAUCUUUGUUUCCUGGACAGUAUACUCCCGUUAUACUUUUUGUUUUUAUUGAUGAUAUUUCUGACCCGGGUUCUAACCAAGAUGAACCAGCAGAGUCUACAUCAUCUAAUCAGUCUUCAGCUUCAAAUAGUUUAAAAGGGUCGGGUUCAAUAGUUGUGUUAUCACGCCCUGCGACAAAAUCCGAAGGUGGUUUCAAGAAGAAAUUGCAAUCAUCCCUUGAGGCACAGAUUCGAUUUUCACUUAAAAAGUGUCGGGUACUUUCGGGAUCCGAAACGGGUCCUCCGGGGUCAAGAAGUGGAUCUGUAUCAAAUCCGGCUCCUUUGUUUUCACUUGAUGCAUCUAAAGCUGUUUUGAUUGUUGACCGGAAGUCAAACCAGAUGGGUGAAUCAUUGGAGUUUGCUACUAGCAUUGUGGAGAACAUUCUUAAUGGUAUCUCGACUUCAGAUUCUCUUCUACUUGAAAGUCACAGUCUGAGUUCAAAUAAAGAAGAUAUCCUUUCCAUAAAAGAGUUUAUUUCCAAACAAUGUGAUUUUUUUAGAGGUCGGGGGAGUAUGGUUUCAACUGCAAGCAAUGUCUCAGCCGGUGGUGUUGGUAUGGUGGCGGUUGCAGCCGCUGCAGCUGCCGCCAGUGUAGCUUCUGGGAAGCCUUCGGCAACUCCUGAACUUCCAAGUCUUGAUUUGUGGCUGACUUCUAGUCAAACUAUUUUAUAUGGGCUUCUUUGUGCUAAACCUGGGCUCAUAUCGGAACCUGAACCAGAACAAUUCAAAAGAAGAUCUCGACAACGAAAUAAUAUUGCACCAGCAGUUGAAGGCAGUGAUCCACUAGAACUUGCAGCGACGUAUCUGGAUAGCAGCAGAGGACUCAACACAAAAUUUUCAAUCUUGUGGUGCCAAAGAGCGUUACCUGUUGCUAAAGAUGUUUACUUGAGUGAUUUACCAACAUGUUACCAGACAUCACAGCAUGAGGCCCACUUGGUGAAAGCAUUGACUUCUUUUAAGUCAAUGGUCAAAGGGCCAGCUGUGCAAGAUUAUUUGAAAAAAUUGGAGGACGAGUGCACGUCUAUCUGGAUAUCCGGUAGGCAACUUUGUGAUGCUGUCAGUUUGACUGGAAGGCCAUGCAUCCAUCAAAGGCAUGAAUCGGAAACUGAUAUUAAACAGCAUUCUAGUGGUUUUGUAUUCCUUCAUGCAUGUGCUUGUGGUCGAUCUAGGAAAUUACGGGAAGACCCUUUCGAUUUUGAAGCUGCUAAUGUGACUUUUAACUGUUACCCAGAGUGUGACAAACUCCUUCCCACCCUCAAUUUACUAAAAAGUAAUACAACCGGGCCGAUUCAAUCAUCAUCUUGGAGUCUGGUUCGACUCGGAGGGUCAAGAUACUAUCAGCCUUCUAAAGGUCUACUUCAAAGUGGGUUUUCAUCUGCUGAAAAGUUUCUUCUUAAAUGGAAAUUUUAUCUUGAAAAACAGAAGGAACCUUCUUGUUUACCACCAAGUCUUGCGCAUGGUUAUUCUAUGAACGGGUCGAGUAACGAUUCACAGGUCGAAGCUGUUUCAGAUGUAAAACUAAAUAAAGCUGGAAAUGGGGUGGAAACUCAAAGUAAAGCUAAUAAUGUUGAUGAAAGUAAUAGUAAUUCUACUAGAGUUCUUCCCAGUUUUACUAUGAAAAAACAGUUCUCGGAGGUUGUUGCUGGAUCAGCAGCUACUCGAUCAGGGUUCCCGCCUCUUCAAUCGAAGCUAAAGCCUUCAUUGGGUUCAGUUAAUGCUACUGUGGUCAAAACAUUUGACACCAAUGCUAGUCAGGGAUCUAAAGAAGUUGAAAAUAUAUCUUCUGCUCAUGAUACUAUGGAUGGAAUUGGUAAUGGGAAUGGUAACCCUUUUCUGCAAAUGGCUAAUACUGGUAAUGUAAUAUCCAAGAACGGUAGGGAACAUUCUUCAAACCAGGUGGUGGUGUAUACCGGAUUUGAGCAUGAAUGUCCACGUGGACACCGAUUCAUAUUGACACCUGAACAUCUCAAGGGACUCGGUCCAAUCUAUGCAUUGGAUGAAGAAUCUCAUAAUUCAUCUGUUGAAAUUCUUGACUAUAAAGGGGUAGAUUUAUCAAAGAUGGGGAAGCAUGGUGGACAUGGGAAAGUCAACCGCCAUUCAAAUCGGAUGGUCAGAAAUCAGGGAAGGUCAAAAGAGGUAUCAGCUAAUGGUAGUCAAGGACCGGAUGGAAUCUUACAUCUUUCUCGAUCACGAAAAGAACAAAAUGGUGUUGUUAAGAGUGAUCAUGUGAAUAACAUUGAAGGAAGUCUUCAGUCAACGACUCUUGAUGACGAUGGAAAUUGCUUUUUUGCUCUAAUUAAUAGAAAUAUACCGCUGUACUUGAAUUGUCCACAUUGCCAGGUUCAUAAGAAUAAGAAUGAUCAGCCAAAUGUUCAAUUUGCUGGCACGACAUCACAGCUCCAAAGAAUUUUCCUGGUCACACCGUCUUUCCCUGUUGUCUUGGCUACAUGUCCUGUUAUUCAAUUUGAGGUGUCAUGUCCACUUCCAUCUGUCCCCGACAGGGAACAGAAAUUGCAAUUCAGCAUUGGUAGUCCUGUAGUUCUACCACCCGAGAGUUUUGUCUCACUUAGACUGCCAUUUGUAUAUGGGGUGGAACUGGAGGAUGGAAGCGUGUAUCCCUUAAAGCCUUUUGAAAGUCAACCAGAGUUAACUGCGUGGAUCACCAAAGGCACUAGUUUGCAGGUCUUGUCGAAGGGAAGCAAGCUUGAAGUGAUGUAACUUCUGGAACCAAAGGAAAACAUCUUGCAUUACUUGCUGCAAUAGUAAGAUUUCUGUGUGCAGUUUUGCCUGGUUCCAGGAUUCCAGGUGGCCUCCAAGGAAGGCUGGUGUUUUGUGGUAUUCUUGGACAUGAUCAUGCUUAAUUGUCAGUGUGUACAAAACCAGCAUAAGAGGUACAUAUUGCCUAUGGAUGCAUUGGCAGCAUUGCGUACUUGCUCCGUCAUCUGCUAUAAUCAAUCGCUUGUGUUUAAAGCUUAAAUGGAGGAAACAACUACAGAAGGAUCUUGCAUGUCCUCAAUGAUUGUGCAGAACCAUACAAGGAACCACGGGCAGCAGGGAUGGUUAUUGGGUGUUGAAAUGCUGGUUGUUCAGACUAUGGCUAUGAGACCUAUGACGCUUUAUUCUUCAACUUUAUCAAGUGAUCCUGGUUAGUUUUGCCUGAAUGCUUGUACCUUGUAUAUGUGCCUUAAUCCUCUAGGAGUGUAUAUCGACAGGUGAACUCGGAACUUAUUGUUACUAAAACCUUAAAUUCAAAAUAAUGAGAAUGUAUUUCAACCUUUUAUGUCCA